AUGGGUGAACUUGUGGACAAUUUUCCAAUUGAAACCGAGAGUCGAUCCUCAAUUUCUGAUUUUGGCAAACUUCUCUUUACUGAAGGACAAACUACGACCAACUCGACCAAUAAUUCAACCAAUUCAAUUACUAACAAUAGUACGAAUACUACGAGUUCUACUUACUCGUAUUCGAUCAAGACGGAAAUGAAGAAUAGAGGUGCAGCAAUUCAAACUGGAAGUAAACGUGUGUUUACUGAAAUAAAAGGCAUUCCACGACAGAAACAACAUGAUAUUAUGAAAACAAAAGAUAAAGCAAUACCGAAACGCUGGACACAAGAUGAAGAUGAAAAAUUGAGAAUAGCGGUAGGACGACAUGGUGAACGAAAUUGGAAAUCCAUUGCGGAAGAAGUACCGGGUCGUAAUCAUACUCAAUGUUUACAAAGAUGGACAAAAGUCUUAGCUCCUGGACUUGUAAAAGGACAUUGGCGACCAGAUGAAGAUGAAUUACUGAAGGAGCUUGUAGCAGAAGGUCGUAAAAAUUGGGGUCAAGUUGCGACGCGAAUUCCUGGCCGUACGUCAAAACAGUGUCGAGAACGUUGGUAUAAUCAUCUUGAUCCGAGUAUCAUACGUGGAGAAUAUACGCAAGAGGAAGACCGUAUGAUUUUGGACGCACAAGCCAGAUUAGGGAAUCGUUGGUCAGCUAUUGCUGCUAUGUUGCCUGGACGCACUGAGGAUGCUGUAAAGAUUCGAUGGAAAUCGCUCUGUAGAGUGCGGAAAGGACAAGGACGACGUGGACAUACUGAUAAAGGUAAAGCAGCUGACAAAGGUGCCAUGGAAAUGUCAAGACAGAUGGUGCAGCAAGGCGACACGAGUUUUGACAACGAUAUGGUCAAGAGUGAAGAAGUUGCUCCAUUCUCGAUGCACGCACAGCAACAUGGUGCGCAAAUGGUACGACUCCCGAACGUUCAGAUGAUGUCAGCUACGAGCAUGCAGCAGUCGAAUGGCCAGCAUUAUCACCAGACCAUGAUGGGUGGAAACGGCAUGAUGUAUUUAACUGAUAUGAGCGGCGGUGGAUAUGAUCCUACCAUGGUGCAUUAUCGAAAGCCUCCCAUGCAGCAAUACAUUGUGAACAGUCUACUGCAUGCAUUGCCACCUUCAGGACCCAUAGCAAGCAGUAGCGCUCAGGAUUUUUCGGUCGAACGUCGGUCUAACGCGGAUUAUUCAGUUGAACGUCGAUCUAACAUGGAGUAUCCAAGUCCUUCUCCAACUUAUGCUUCAAACAUGAAUAAUGGCAUGUAUACGACGGGAUCAUUAACACCUAGAGGAGGCACGAGCAAUGGACAAAUGUAUGGUAAUGGGACUCUACAAAUGAAUACUUAUCGUCCUGAAGCGAUAUAUAGUAUGCCACUGCCAUCGCAUCAGCCUCAGCAGCAUAUGUCACAGUCUUCACACGUGCAGAUGAUGUCUUACAACUACCGAAUGACGUCGAGGCCGAGCUCGGCUGAAAACCUGAACGGAGAAUCCGCAGCAAGUCACCCGGCGCAAUUUAGUAACAACGUAAUGAACAAAUCUGGAGCUGGAUUUUUGCAACAUCACCAACAGCAAGAACAGCACCAGUAUGUCGAUCGCUCGCCACCCGUUCCUCAUUAUCAGGCUCAAGAGCACCACCAUUCAGCGCAGCACCAUGUUCGCACUCACGAGCAGAAGCAGGAAAAUUUGAAGGAGUCGUCGGUAUCGCACCAGGUUCAUUUGAAGCAGUCGGGUACAAGUGGAGACGAAAUAAAACAGGAAUCGCGGCCUGGACAUACUCCGUCUAGCCAAGCAAUGCCAAAAAACCCUGCUGCAAUGUUUGCGCGUAGCCAAGCCGCCAAGGCAUCCCCUCUUGCUGCCAACGGCAACCCAGUGGCCGCUUUCCUGCAGAUGCAAUACCAUCAGAAGCGCAAUGAGCAACCUAACAGUGGUAGUAAGAUAGCUCAAGCGGGCCCACAGAGGCCGUUCAACCCAGCGGCGACAUUUGCCCAGCGGUUUCAAGCGGGACAAAAUCCAUCGGUACUUAAGAGCAGCAGCGCAGGCUCUACCAAAACUAGCGAUGACCCAGCGAACGAGGACGAGGACAGUGAGAAUGGCUUGGGUUGUAGGACAACCGAGCCUUCGCUUAAAAAGGUCAAGCCGAGGCUCAGUAUUGAUGCUGCUCGAGCUUCCGCCGCCCGGCGAAUGCGCAACUCGGGCAGUGGCGCUAGUUUGUCUGGUCGCGGAAGUCUGGAUGUGUUUUUGAACGAGAUUGGUGACGUCGGGCGAUUGUCAGACCUCAAGAUGGACGAAUUUCAUACUCUGGAUGAGUUGUGGCGAGUCUCAGGCGACAUGGACCGGCUGUCGCUAUGA